CAGUUGGUCGGUGACCGUUGGUAGUAUACGACGCUUCAUACAGGCUUCGAUUAGUUGACGACGUGCACGCAAUGGACAAUUGUGAAAUAGUCGAUUUUAACUCAUUGAACGAAACCAUACAGAAUUUAGUAAAACAAGCAGUGGUUGUGAGAAAGUUCUCGUACAGCCCGUAUUCAAAGUUUGCAGUCGGCGCAGCCCUACUCACAGAAGACGAUAACAAGGUCUACACGGGAUGCAACAUUGAAAACGCCGCUCUGGGGCCUUCAAUAUGUGCAGAGCGCGCCGCUGUACCCAAAGCCGUCUCUGAUGGAUACACUAAGUUUAAAUGCAUAGCGGUAGUUGCGCAUCAAACAAAUUUUACUGCACCGUGCGGAGUAUGCCGACAAACACUCAGCGAAUUUCGUGGUUCAAACGGAGAUAUAGACGUGUAUCUGAGCAAACCUCAAAUGGAUCAAGUAUUGUGUACGAAGCUUUCUUACUUAUUGCCGCUUUCGUUUAUUAGCUACACAGAGGACAGUAUUAUAUAGCAUAGGAAGAUUAAUAAACAAACUACUUUGAAUUAAGCGCCUACUAUAAUAAAGGAAAAUAAAACUUUAUAUUUUUAAUUAAAUAUUGUUUUAUUUUCCAAGUUCAGUAAGAUAUCUAAAUUAGAAACAAGAUUCAAUGAGGAUCGCAUAAGUAUUUCAACAUUCACUAUGAGGCGAAAGUUGCAAACAUAAGUACAUUAUUACUAUUAUUGUUGCUGAUACAAACAAUGUUGGCAAUAGAAUAAUUUUGCAAUAUUUUAUAGGUACCUAUUUCCAAGUUCUUGUGAGUAUAAUUAAUUAACGAUUUUAAUGUCAUAUUGUGUAUAUGUACACAAUAUGAUACCCAUGAUUCUUUACAGAGCUACUUAUGUUUUAUAAUUGAAAAUGCAUGCGUUUCAUAAUGAGGUACUUUCAUGAUGUCAAAGUUAUGUAUACAAGAUAUUAUAAAUUAUGCAAGCAAAGUGAAACUAUCUCCCGUCUUAGUUGGUUGUUACUUUAAAUGAUCCUCCUUAAUGGUUCUCAUCUAAGAUAUACAAAAGUACAAAGAUAUUAGGAUACAAAGCAACCACAUAUGUAACAAAAACUAAAUACAAUACUGUCAGUCAAUAGUAAAGUCAGUCAACGUAACUGUGUUAUUUAUCUAUAAAACAACACAAUAAAAACUACAAUAUUUGCUUAAUAUAAAUAUUAAUACCUAAAACAAUAACAAAGAGAAGAGACGGUGGUAAUAACAAUAUCAUUAUGCCAUAUUCAUAACUUACAACUAUGCAUAUAAGUUAUAGACGUGACGACAACGUGUAUUUUAUUAUUAAGAAGAUAGUUAAACGGGUUUUAACACGAAUAAUUUUGUGGUAAAUAAAUUUCUUCGACAUUUCGACUAGAUUGCAUUAGACAUGUUACUCCAGUCAGCUCGUGACCACGGUUAGUGCAACCUAGUCGAAAGCUCGAUAUAGAUAUAAAUACCUUUAUUUACCAUAAAAUUAUUCGUGUUAAAACCCGUUUAACUCCAAUAAUAAUAUUAUGUAUUAAACACGAAAGUUUAAUAAUAAGUAUCGCGUAAUUUAUAUAAUUCUAUCAACAUAUUAUUAUUAUUUAACAAAAUUAGUUUUUUAGAUUUAAAUAAUACAAAAAUAAUUAACACAAAAUUUCUGUAGUACUCAUCGCUUACAUGCAAUUGUGAGUCCAUACGAUGAUAGUAUGAUCAGUACAGUCAAUAUUGUUGUAAAGCUAUUGUAACAUUUCAUAAAAUACACUUAGUAGUUUUUGAGUGAAAGAGUACCAAAAAUCCAUCAUUCAUCUAUGCAUCCUCACAACAUUCGCGUUUAUAAUUUUAAUAAAAUAGACGUUGUAUACUUAAAUUAUCUAACGUUUAUAUUAUACUUACUUAAAGUCACUGAGUACAAUGAGGAAAUAAGGAAUAGA